GGCUGGCACUGAGGGGUGUGGCGAGGGCUCUAAAAUCCCAGCAUUCCCAUGCCGACGCCAAGAUGGCGGCCCCCAUGUUGCGCCGCUUUUGCCGGGGCUGGUGGUUUGGGACGCCAGGCCCAACAGGAGUCUUGCUCCUGGGACUACGUGAGGCCCAUUCGGGCGCUCAGGGGUUGCUGGCGGUGCAGAAGGCUCGAGGUUUGUUCAGGGAGUUCUUCCCCGAGAGAGGUACGAAGAUAGAGCUCCCAGAGCUCUUCGACCGUGGCACAGGCAACUUUCCCCAGACCAUCUACUGCGGUUUUGACCCCACGGCCGACUCGCUUCAUGUGGGGCAUCUGCUGUCGCUGCUGGGCCUGUUUCACUUCCAGCGAGCGGGCCACAAUGUGAUCGCAGUGGUGGGAGGUGCCACCGCACGCCUGGGAGACCCCAGCGGCCGGACCAAGGAGCGCGAGGCGCUGGAACCGGAGCGCGUACGAAGCAAUGCGCGCGCCCUACGCCAAGGGCUCGAGGCCAUGGUGGCUAAUCACCAGCAGCUCUUCGCUAAUGGGCGGACCUGGGGAAGUUUCACAGUACUGGACAAUUCGGCCUGGUACCACAAGCAGCACCUGGUGGACUUCCUAGCGGCCGUGGGCGGGCAGUUCCGCAUGGGCACGCUCCUAAGCCGUCAGAGCGUCCAAACCCGGCUCAAGAGUCCCGAGGGCAUGAGCUUGGCCGAGUUUUUGUACCAGGUGCUCCAGGCUUAUGACUUCUACCAUCUGUUCCAGCAUUAUGGAUGCCGGGUCCAGCUGGGUGGAUCUGAUCAGCUGGGCAAUAUCAUGUCUGGAUACGAGUUCAUCCACAAGUUGACUGGAGAAGAUGUAUUCGGAAUCACUGUUCCUCUAAUUACAAGUACAACUGGAGCAAAACUGGGAAAGUCUGCUGGUAAUGCUGUUUGGCUAAACAGAGACAAGACCUCUCCGUUUGAAUUGUAUCAGUUCUUUGUCAGGCAACAGGAUGAUACAGUAGAAAGGUACCUGAGGCUCUUCACUUUCCUGCCCCUUCCAGAGAUUGACCACCUCAUGCAGCUGCAUGACAAAGAGCCAGAAAAGCGGGGUCCUCAGAAACGACUUGCUGCAGAAGUUACGAAGCUUGUUCAUGGACAAGAAGGGCUGGAUUCCGCUAAAAGGUGUACGCAGGCGCUCUACCAUAGCAGCAUCGAUGCACUGGAGGUCAUGUCUGAUCAAGAGUUAAGAGAGUUGUUUAAAGAAGCUUCAUUUUCUGAAUUAGUUCUUGACCCAGGAACAAGUGUCCUAGAUACAUGCCGCAAAGCAAAUGCCAUACCAGAUGGACCCCGAGGGUAUCGGAUGAUAACAGAAGGUGGAGUCAGUAUAAAUCACAAACAAGUAACAAAUCCUGAGAGUGUUUUGGUCGUUGGACAGCAUAUUCUUAAGAAUGGACUUUCAUUACUUAAAAUAGGAAAGAGGAAUUUCUACGUUAUAAAAUGGCUGCAGCUAUGAUGAAAAGUCCUUCAGGUGGUUCAAACAAACUUUACCCAUCUCAUUCUCAAGAUGUACCAAAGGUUGGCUCCAGAACUUAUACUUUCGCUCAUGCAAGUCAAACCACAGAGAACGGAGUACACUCUAGGCCUAAGAGUGUGAGUAAUUUUCUUAUUUCCCCAGGGUGGUUAAGACAAGGUGCUUGUGUAAUAACGGGGUAUUUUAUCUCCUGAGCCGCAGAAAUAAGGACUACCACAGAAAACCAUGAUUGCCAGGGAUAAUCUCUUAAAAAUUAUCUUUCUUGAAAGAACUAGCCUAUCUUUCUUGCUCCCUUUUUAGAGAUGAGGAGGAACAGUGAAGAAGAGGGCAGAGUAGGACUCGUGGAUACUUUUGUAUGGGGGGUUAAAUUAGUUUUAAGUUUCCGCUUCUGUCCCCAGGCGAUUGCAACUUGAGAUAAACUGAAAAGUAACUAGAGUGAAAAUAGAGGCAAAUAUUAUACCAAAUAUCCAAUCACAGGAGAAUAUCAAAAGGUAUUCAGGUAAGGGAAAUUUUCAGGAUUUAGAAUUAAGACCUAAUUAAGCUCUACAAACAUUAGGCAAGUCAAUUCUCAGAACUGUUUCCACGUCUGAAAAAAUCAAGGUAGUAUCACCGUAUUUCCUUGAGGACCAAGUGAAACACACAAAUACAAAAUGGUUCACAAUCUGAGUCCUCCUAGAAAACCUUACAGGCAGCAAAGCAUGCCUUUGGUGUUGAAAUUGUAGCCAUUUACUACCUGGAUUAUGUAGAACAAAUCACUGUCUUUAUGUGCAAAACUAGAGAUGUAAUAAUAUCUCUGUGAAUUGUGGGAAUUUAGUAGGAAAAAAAUUGUAAAACUUUUAUACAGUAUAAGCUAUAUUAUGUUCCAUUUAGAUUUAUACAUUAAAAAGCUAUUGUUUAAACCUUUCUCUGGGAGCAAAGUUAGGAAGAAUUCAUUUAUUGACAAAACUUUAAUGUCAUUUCAUACCAGCAAUUUUAUUUACAUAGCAAGAACAUACAGGUGUCCACUGUAAUGCCAGAGAUCGUCUCAACAUACCAGAGCUUCACUCAGUUUGAGAGCCAAUAAAGGAAGGUUUUCUGACUUUCCAUACCUUUCUUGCUUCUGCUUUUCCUGCACAAGGUGUGUAGUGCCAGCAAGUACAUUACCAUAGCCUGUCCUUAAAGGUAACAUUAUCAAUUUGAAAUAUGUCUGAUAUGGUGGAGAAUGGUGCACUGUAAAAGUUUUUCCCCCCUUAUGAAUUCAAAAGGCUGAAAUGGUAGUCAUCUGAUGUAUCUGAAGUAAGUAAAUCAUGGAUGGCUACACUGAUGUUGACUAAUGGCAAAGUGUCUUUUAAGUGUGUGCUAACAGACAUUUAGGUAGUGAGCAUUCUGUCAAGAUUGGUACUGUUCACAGAUCCAAAGUAGUACCGUAUCAUAGACCUGUUGUUUGCUAGUAAAUGGGUGCCGUAAGUUCAAGUUAACAGACAUGUUGUCCCUGCCAGGAGUCCUUCAUAAAUGUCGUAACUUAAGAGAAAUGUUAACGUGUUCAAUAAACUAUGUAUCACAGAUACAGUAUCUGUUAAAGAUGGAGCUAGAUGCCUUAAGGAUUUUGACCCGUAUCUUAAAAUUUAUAAUGUAAUUCGUAUCAAGAAUCACCUGGGGAAUUUUAAUAAACUGUGAGUAUGUUCUAAACCUCACCCCCACCCUCUGAAUGCAUUGUAGUAUUCUAAGCCUUCAGCUGUGUGGCUGUGUCCAAGUAUUUUUCUUUAGAUUAGUAGAGAGUUCCACCAGUAUGUUCUAAUGUAUUCUGUUGAUGGAAAGCAAAACUAACUUUUUUACCAACUGAGAAGAUAGACUUCAACGAUCAGCACAGGGUUUGGUUUUAAGCCCCACCUCCAAGUGAAUCUUGGAGCAUGGUGUAAAUGACCUAAUUUAAAGAUGGAUCUGAAUUAUAUUUGAAAAUCAAGGCUAGAUGAUUGUUUUUAAUGCAGGAAAAUAUAAUUCAUACUUCCAGGUUUAAGAAAGAAUCAAAGGUAUUUUGGUUUUUAACGCACUAGGGCAGUGUGGGCCCAGAAGUGAAAGGGCUGCAUAGCUCCACACCGCAUCAGUCAUCAUUCCAGAUCUUCUUGUGCCUUCAGCUUUCUUACUAACACAUCAGAGGUUGCAGAGAAGCUCAAUAAAACUAUAAAUUGAAGGACAGGUGGAAUACAGUGACUGUGAGUAACCUGUCGACUCCUAUCUAUCUUUCAAAGCCAGACCAGUUUACAUUGUGCAUGCAUUACAGUUGCAGGAAAUGGUGUCGGGGUGCGUUCUUCUUGAAGGACUAGGGCAGCAGCUUUACGACUACUAACAAACAGAUUACACAGGUCAUCGUAUCCACAGGCAAACUGCUUGUACAACUAGAACAUUAACAGCUCUUUUUAAGUUCAAAUGAAACAGUCACAAGAAAGACUUGAUAUAUUUUAUAUGUACUGGGCAACUUUAGAAACAGCCAUUUAUUAUUUGGAUUAAAUGUAUGAUUUGUUCUGCAAUACAGAGUAAAAUUUUCAGUUUGUA